AUGGCUACCAAGGCGGGCAUGGGCCACACCGUUAAAUGCGUCUUUCGCCUGACGUUCCUGCUCAAGAAAGCAGAGCGCUCAUUCUUCCAAAAGGGCAAAGCAGUCGAUCACAGCCAUUCCGCUGUGCCCUCCCUCACCUUACCCAACAUCGAAUGCUCAGACCACGGACUCGGGCCCAUCUGCAAAGAGACAGGAAUGGACGACUACGACGAGGAUACUUUCUCCGGUAGCGACACCAACACGAACACCGAAACCGAUACCGACACUUCCAGCAUUUUCACCCCUGAUCUGGCGGUGAAAGCGCAACCCGCAGACGCAGAAGCAGACGCAGGUAGCAGCAGCAGUAACCAUCCCCAUAACGGCAACCGGAAACGCCUCGUUCGCAUCGUUAGCUUCAAGAGCAUCGCGCACGACCGCUCGCGGUGGUCCUCAUCGCAGGAGCGCGAGCUUGCGAUUGCGGAGCACGAGCUGGCGCGUUGUCAGAAGGCGUGGAGUUCGGAGCAGGAGCUGUGGUUGGAAUAUGUGGGUUACCAAUUGACGUCCGAUACUGUCAUUAAGAUCCUCCUGGAAGAGAAAGAAGCGCACGAGGAGUUUCUGAGCCACCGGGCGAAGCAGUCUGGGGAUGAGCAGGUGCAUUUCCGGAAGGCCUGGAGGAGCCGGCGGGCUGGGGAGGAACCGCGAGGUCGGACGCGGAGUCGCAGUGGGUUGCGGGCGUUGAGGGGAGCAGGAGUGGGAAGGGGAGAGGGGAAUGAACUGUAG